GUUCUGGUAGGUUCCCACAAGGCCGGACGCCAGAAUCAUCACAGAGUUGGGGGCCAGAACGGCAUUGAUGAAGAACGAAUCGAGCACCUGGCCAAAGUUUGCCCGUUGAAGUACGUGGAGUUGGAGCCUGGUGAUGCUUUGAUCUUCAACGCCAACUUGAUCCAUAAGAGCGACGCCAACAACAGUAACAAGCGGCGGUGGUCGUUCCUCGUUUCGUACAACACCAAGGAAAACAACCCGGUGUACGUUCAUCAUCAUGCCCAGUAUACGCCCUUAGAUGUGGUUCCUAAUUCCGCCAUUAAAACCUGCACCAACUUCACAGACAUGACGGGGAAGGAAUUUCUGGACCCGUCCAUUGACAAGACUGUCAUCGCAGAUAAAACUAACCCUGUUCCUAAUUCCGCCAUUAAAACCUGCACCAACUUCACAGACAUGACGGGGAAGGAAUUUCUGGACCCGUCCAUUGACAAGACUGUCAUCGCAGAUAAAACUAACCCUGUGAAAUUACCGAAGACUAGCGAAUAA